GUUUUCUAUUUAUGACGCUUUUUGUUUUUAGAAAGCAAAUUCUUUACUGACGAUUAUCAUUGUGCAUUGCUAUAUUUAGAUACUAAUAGUGCUGUCAUUUUUAGUCGUGUUAAUAAAGAUUUUAUAAAUGAUGCAUCUGAUGAUUAAUACGAAUAAGUUUUUAAUUGAUAUAUUGAUAAUUAGCUAUUGCCGAUGCAAUAUAUUCAACUAUUUACAUUUAUCAAAUAUCAUUUAACAAAUCUUAAUUGAUGCAUUGCUUUCUUGCUACUUACGAUGAGUCUAUCUGCAAUAAGCGCAUGUUUAAUGAAACUAUUAAAACUGGUGCAUUGCAUGUCAAGAUUACAUUUUCGUUCUCUCGUUACUUAGGACGAGAAAUGCAUUUUUCUUUUUUCCCAUUCUCUUUUAAUCAGUAAAUGUAUUCUUAAUAUAAGGGCUUCCUCGACCCCGAUUUACUGAUAGGCAUCAAUGAAAUAAGUAUACCGAAUAACGCGAAGACUAUAAGCCCCAAGUUAGUUCUUUUCGUCAUUUAUUUUUUUAACCUUGACCUGAACAGCGUGCCUAAACUUAUAAAAACAAAUAUAAAUAUAAAAAAUGCGACCCAUGGAUACUUCGAUCCUAAAACGAAUAUCUAAAAUGUCCAUAAUAGUGUAUCACUGUUCAAUAGAGAAACAUAGAAAAGAAGGGAAACCGAGAAGUUGAGGGAAAUCCACUCUAACAGAUUUAAAUAAAAUUUACGAUUUUUCCGAUUGUGGACAUUUUUUUUUUAUGUGUAGGGAAGACGAUAUAUAUACUCGACUUAAAUGGGACCAAGAAACAAUAACCAACAAUUGUGAUUCAGAGCAAUGUUUUGUGAAACUCGUUAAUUUUUUUUAUGUUAUACCGCCACAAUUGUGUUUAUCUAAACAACAAAUCAGCUGUUAAGGAAACUUAAUAAAUAUGGAUAAUAAUAUACAGACUUCUUUUAUAUAAUUUCAAUGUGUUAGAUUGUGUUUUUCAGAAUGAAAAGUCUUUGUUGCUGGAUCGGUUUAAUCGCCAUUCUUUUCCUGCCAGGUAAAAAAAAUAAAAAAAUUGUAGUUCAUAAAUAUACAUUUAAUUAUUGUUAUUAUUAUUCUAUUGUUAUUGUCUCUUAUAUAAACUUCUAAAAUAUCCUUAAGGGUAUUAAAACGCUUACACGAAAUGAUUAUUGAAUGUCUUUUAUUUAUUUUUUUCUAAGAUAGUGAAUUUGAGGGAUAGAGGAUGAGAUUUUGGGAUAGUUUAGUAAACGUCGAUUUAAAGGUGUAAGAUGUAGGCCUACAGGGCAGGAAAGUGAUGAGUGCAAUCGCCACUGGUAGGCAGGAAAAAGUGUUACACGUGGAAUAUUCUAAAUUUUAAGAAGCAUAGUUUAGUGAAUUCUUCAUUUUAAUUGGCAUAUUAUUACUUUGCAUUCACCAUUUACAAAUAACUCAACUUUUGCAGAAACAUCAUAUUUACUGCAUUUCAGUAUUUUCUUCUACAAGACAGUAUUUAACAUUAAGAUAAUUGUCUCAUCAUUAUCAAUGAAUAAUAUUAUCGUUUGUUUUUGUUUUGUUUUUGUUUUUUUUACAUUAUUUUUUUUAUUGCGCUCUAUCUUGUAUAAAAUGCGUCCUUGUUUCAGAACACAUUUAUUGUCAGGAGAUACAGUUAAAUGAACUGAGAAGAACAGAUUGUACACAAAUGGAAACAGUCGGAUUAGUAGAUACAUUUUUCAGCUAUUUCUUCAAUGCCACCGUGAAGCUAAGUAAACAGCUGGAGGAUUACACUAUUGUUCAGUUUGAGAUACUCAGAAGGAACAGCAAAGACUAUUCUUUUGUAAGCUUUUUUUUUUUCCCCAAAAUUAUUUUGUUCACUCUGCAGUUUUACUUUCAUAUGUUUUAUUUUUUAUGAAAUUAGUCAAAGGAAAUAUACAUGAUAAUAUAAUUUUGUAAAAAUAAAAACAAUAAAAAAUGUUUUGUCUUAGUUUCUUUCUAACUCAUUAAAAACCGAGUAAAAAGUUAUAAUUGGUUCUUUUGAAUGAUGACACGCUCUUAAUAUAAUUUGCUGCUGAAAAUAAAGGGAAAACAGGAUGCGUAAACUAUUUUAUUAUUAAAGUGGAUUGAUUCAGACGCUGAUUUAUUCAAACGUAAAGAAAAUAAUUAAAAAAAAAAAAAAAUCAAAUAAUUUAAUUUUUCCGGGUUUUGAGAUACCUAUUUUAUGGCAGGGCAUACUUUGUGAGUGGGGUUGGUGGUAGGCUACGUCAACAAAUCAGAGGAUUAAACAUUUGGUUUAAACGUAAAUGGGUCAAAGUCUUCUCAUUUAUUAGCUUUUAGAGUAGCUCUGGAAAGCAAUAAAAUUUACAGUCUCAGCGGUUUCGAAUUUAUUAUUACAAUUGAUAAGGCAGGCCCAUGCCUUACAUACUGCUGCAUUUAUUAGGCAGUUUUAUCUUUGAAAUUCAAAACACAAAAAGUUAACGUUGGAAAAUCCAUACCGUUUAUCAUUGAAAUUAUAUGCAUGUUUGUGAAAACAAACAUAAAUCCAUACAAUUUCCCAUAUAGAAAUACGCAAUUUAAAAAGUAGUUUCAACGUAAUGUGGGUUCUAAGGAAAAGUGUGCAACCUUUUGUUUUUGUAUAAUCUGCACACUUAGCAUGUGUCGCUACACUAGGAAUACUUAUCCUAUAAUCUGUUGUAAAAAUAACACCCUUGUUUCAGUUAUUUGACGUACCCAUAGCCUACGAGUGCUUAGGUUUGAAACUGGAGAUAAGCCAUCAGUGCAAGAAAAUAGGAGAUGGCAUCUUUAACAUUGACGUCUUCCUGCGAAACGAAAGUGGUGAUAAGAUUAGGGGUCAGGUUAUCCACUACAAUAAAUCUGUCUUAGCCACUGACGUCAAAGAGUUGUCUGGAGAUAAUGGUAAAAUAUUAUUGAAAAUAUAAAUAAAAACAUGUCUUUCUUCAAUGGUUACAUAUAAAUGUUUUUAAUUUAAACAUAUACUAUGCUGGUCAUGCGUGUAUAUAAAUAUAUAUUUCAAUAUUUAUUUGUGUAAUUAAUAUCUUUUAAAUGCAAAUGAUUAAAAAUGUAUGGUAUAACCUAAAAAAGGAACGUACGUCACAAACGAGCGUGUUGGUAGAAAGCCUUCGUUAGCAAAAAGAAAAAAAAGUGGAAAAAUAAAGAAUUUAAAAUAAAAAUGACCAAUACUGAAAAAUAGAAUCCAAGAGGGGGGGGGGGGGGAAACAAAAAAAAAAAAUAUAAAAAAAAAAUGAACAAAACAUGAAAAAAGAAACCAAGGGGGGGGGGGGGAAUCAUAUAAAGCGACGACUUAGAGAGUUUAACUUCGUACUUUAAAAACAGAUGGAAACAUAGAAAAAUGUAAUUAAAAUAAUCAGAGCUGAAAUUUAAUUAGUAUUUUGUUCUUUUAAUAUUAUUUUCUAUAAUAUUUAUAAAAAAAAUAACAAUGCAACUUUUAUAAGGACGCUAUUUUAGGUUUGCUGCCUAAAAAGUAUUUUAAGUUUAAAUCUCCGACUAAAGACUAUAUUAAGUUUAAAUCUAACAUUACAGAAACUGCUGAAUCAACUGGGGUCUUAAAAAUAAAUGGUGAGGAAAUGUCAAGCGAUAUGAAUUGUACAAAGAUCAUUGAUGUCAAGGAUUUGAUUGUCGAGUUUGAGUGCUCAAAUCCGGACGCGCCCUGUGUGAUAGAGGUCAAAGUUGAUGAUGCCAUUGUGAUAGACCAGAAUACGGAUUAUGCUGUUUAUGAGGAUCAAGUUCAAAGUGAACGUGACAUGUUAGUGAGCAUUAACUAUGGUGCCUGCAACUUGAAUGGCAAAGUCAACCAGUUGAGGUGUUUUAUCAAGAUAGGUAAAUAGUUUACUGGGAAUUUUUUUCUGUUUUUAAAAACACUCAUCUUCUUUAUUUAAUGUUUGUAAAAAUGAUUUCCUUAGUAACACUUAAUAAAUUUAAACAACAAUAUUUGUCAAAAAAAGUAUUUUCAAAUCAACGAAGGAACGGAAAAACUUUAAAAUUUAUUCAUUUAUUAAUACAUUGUUAAAAAGCUGUAUUUCAGUGGGAAAAAUUGUUAAUUAAAAUCUGAUAGAAACAGGGUUAACGAAGACUGAUGAUUGGUUAAACUGUAGAUUAAAUCUGCUAUCCACGAAAUAUUGACAAAUACAACUUAAAACUACAAUGUCUAUUUAUAUAAUAUUGGAGUCAAAAGUACAUCAUGCUUUAGAUAAGUACUUUCAUAACUAAAUCUCCCUUUCUUAGCACGUGACAAAAGUUAUUCUUUUAAGGAUUUAUUUUGGAUAUUAAUAAAUUAAAAAAAAAAACAACCCAAAAACAACCCCGCUUUUGAAUAUUGAUAAUAUUAUUUUAAAGUCAAUGAACUUGGUUUCCAGACCUAUAUAUAUAUAUAUAUUAUAUAAAUAUUGUAUUACUUAAUCGUAACUUUCUUCCCUUUCAUCCGCAGUAAUUGAUGAAAGUGGCACUGACGGAUGUAUGGGUAUAAACUACUUUUUGAUAAUCUCACUUGCAGUUGUUGCCUCCGUGUUAAUACUCAUUGUUUUACUAGUUAUAUUUUUAGUAAAAAGGUAAAAAUGCUCUUUCUGUUCAGUUAAAAAAUGAGGCUUAAUUUGUUUAAAUUUGUUUUUUAAAUUUUGGUGAUGCUAAAGAUGUUGUGCAUAACAAAAAAAAAAUGUAAAUUAUUAUAUUCAGUCUCAAAUUCAUUGUAUCAAUAUAUGAUAGAAAAAUUCAUUGAUAAUUAACUUGUGUUUUAUUAUUUCAGGCACAAAAGACAAAAGAUAACAACAAAUAAAAAUAGUAUCGGUAAAUAAACUUUUACAAAAUUAUUUCCUUAUGGUUAACUAGUUGUGUUUGUAGAAAUACAUAAUCAUACAAAUAUGCAUGGAUGCCUACUUUUAAAACCUAAUUAGAUUGAAUAUUUUGUAAAAUAAUUUUAUGUAAGAAAACUUAAAGUACACAUGCUUUAAAGUAGAAAUGUCGUUAAUUUAGAAUUAUUCAUAAUCAUAUGCCCCCUGUUAAUAUGACUAUAUGUUAAUUUUAAGGUUUUUAGAAAUGCCCGAAGACUUAGUAUAGCAGUGUUGUUUUUAAUAUUUGUUGUAUUUUUAAUAAAGGAAAGGACGAACGUAAUAAUGAGGAGAACAGAGACAUAACCCUAGUUUUAAACGGUUCAGAUAAGAAUGUCCGAUUUUGUAAAGGUUAGUAGACAAAGGGCCAACAUUAUUAGUAUUAUUUUUUUUAUUUUUUUUUAUUUUUUUAUAUUAACUUCUCUUUUGUUGGUGUGCUUCUUCCUUUCUGGCUUGAUGUGGGGCAUAAUUUUCGGACAGAUAAUCUACCAAUAUUCGGUCAAGUUUUUAAGAUAAAUUUUUUCAUAUGGACGUGUAGCCCAUGACAAAUCAUUUGUUUCAAAUUUUGAGUUCCACCCUUAAAACCCUAAAAUUCAGUUAUUUUAAGGUGAAAUUAAAAGGAAAUAUGGUGCCACUGAUUUAUGAAUUAAUAUAACUGAUAACUGCGCUAAAUGAGAUUCUUUAAAAAAAAACAACAUAUUGUACAUGUUUUUGGUGCGUGACAUUUUCUUUUUUUCUUUCUGAAAUAGUUUGUGUCAUAAAUCUUCAGUGUAAAUGGGUCAUUAGAAUAUAAUAGAUCAGGGCCGUAAAAAACCCCGUCAGAUUGUCAGGCAAUUGGGGUUGGGGGGGGGGCAUAAAGUACUAGUUUGUAUAGUUAUAAAAAGUGUAAAUUAAAUAGAUGUUUUUUGCGGAAUUAUCAGAUCCACCCCAAUGUGUUUAUAUUACAUUUUAUAUAUUAUUUAUAUAUUAUUUUUUAUAUACGACACAUUUUGCUUUUUAGUGUGGUUUAAUUUCUUUUUUCAUUAUUUGUUAACGAUUUAUUUACUUUUAUUAAAAAUGCAUUAAUAACGUGCACAUUUUAAAUGAAAGUAAACAGGCUCUUAAACGUUGCUAGAAUUGUAAAUAUUUUAAAAAAACGUAUAAUUCUUUUCAUUAUACACAGAUAUAAAAUAUUUUGAAGCUAAACGACUUUUACUGGAAGAGAACGGAGGUAUGCAUAGUUGGAAUAAUAACUAAAUUUAAAAGAUACUUUUUUAAUGAUAUAAUUGAGAUUGUGCGUUUUUAUUAUCGUUUUAUUAUUAAUAUUGUGUUUAUAAAUACAAUUAGGCGGUUAAAUGUAACAUUUGUUGCACGUGUAAACUAAGCUUUACAUUUUACUUUUCUUUUAGAUGAACCAGGACCAAAUGAAACCACUGAAGAACACAUGUGCAUGUCAUAUUGAUUUUAAUUGAAUUAUACUAUAAUUUCAUUGUUUUACUUAAGCA